AUGGCGGCUGCCGCGACGACGAUGACAGGAGUGGGACUGCGGCGUCUGCUGGCUGCGGGUUCGAGACUGAGGAGGCGGAGAUUAGGGAAUUAUCUCCUGCCUGUUGCCGUUCUCAAGCCUGAUUAUCACUUGACACAGUCGCGUAGCUACAUUCCCAGGAGAGCUGUUCUCUAUGUGCCUGCCGAUGAUGAGAGAAAGAUUCAAAAAAUUCCAUCUCUCCACGUAGAUUGUGCAGUGCUGGACUGUGAAGAUGGAGUUGCUCUAAAUAGAAAGGCAGAAGCACGGAUAACAACAGUGAAAACACUUGAAGGGCUGGAGUUUGGACAGACUGAGAAGUGUGUAAGGAUUAAUUCAGUGUCCAGUGAUCUAGCGGAAGAAGAUAUGAAAGUCAUUUUGGAGUCCAACAUUCUUCCUACAAGUCUGAUGCUACCUAAAAUUGAAAAUGUAGAAGAAAUAAGAUGGUUUACAGAAAAAUUUGCAAGCCACACAAAAGGUCGAACACUUGUAGAACCAAUGCAUUUUAUCCCUUUUGUGGAGACAGCAAUGGGGCUGCUCAAUUUUAAGGCAGUUUGUGAAGAAGCACUGAGAAGGGGACCCCAGGUUGGCCUUCGUUUGGAUGCAGUAGUCUUCGGAGGAGAAGAUUUCCGUGCUAGCAUAGGAUCGACAAGUAGUAAAGAAGCCCUUGAUAUUAUUUAUGCCAGGCAAAAAAUUAUCGUCAUAGCAAAGGCUUUUGGCUUGCAGGCUGUAGACCUUGUGUAUAUUGACUUCCAAGAUGAAGAGGGGCUCCGGAAGCAAUCAAGAGAGGGCGCCUUAAUGGGUUUUACUGGUAAGCAGGUGAUUCAUCCUAAGCAAAUUGCCGUUGUCCAGGAAGAGUUCGCACCCAGUCCUGAAAAAAUAAAGUGGGCACAGGAACUGAUUUCUGCUUUUGAUGAACAUCAGCGCAUAGGAAAGGGUGCCUUCGCUUUCCGCGGCAGCAUGAUAGACAUGCCAUUACUGAAGCAGGCCCGGAACAUUGUUACGCUUGCCACAGCCAUCAAGAAAAAAUGAUCUUCUAAAUGAACUUCCCCCUAGGGAGGCUCCAGGAGCUGUUUAAAGAAGAAUUAUAUAAUACUUGAAGAAAAAAUGCAACAGUUCACACUUCAGCAGAACUCUAUUUACAUGUCCUGCAAUUUGCCAUGUAUUUUCUUGUUCACUUUCAGGAGGAGACCUUGUCACAGACCAUAGUGGUAAGCUAUAACCCCCCCCCCUUUCCCAACUACUGCAGAGCGGCAAGUUCACAGAGUGUGGGGUUUUUUUGUAUCAUAAAAGCAUAUGGAUCUGUUUGGAGGGGGAGGUUGCUACUAUGUCAUAUCCAUUUAAGAAAUGGGCCCAUUAAGAAUCAAUAAAUGGGGAGGGGGAAUAUAAAGUCUAGUUCCAUUUUUCAAUUGUGCAAGUGUUCGUAGGAAGCAGAAUCCCCAAUGGCAAUGGGUGGUUUUACUUCUUAAAAGGUGUCUAGAAGGCUGUUGGCAGGUGCAGUUAGACCUGCUACCAUUCCCCCUUCUACACAACUAAGUAGGAAACAGAAAUGCUUUGGCAAGGUACAUGAAGAGAGAACCAAAUCUUCAAUAGACUCUAACUUUGAAGCAACAAAAAUCCUUUUCCCACACCCAGUCCUUGAGGUUCCUCCUGUACCUUUAAGAAUUGCAAAAGGGAGUGAUGAUACACCAGGUUUGUCAUCUCUUCUCACUGUAAGACAUAGGUAGGAAAGGCCAUUCCUGGUCACUCCAUGCUUUCCGCACACCUUUUAAAGGUAGGACAACCCCUCAGUGUCUAGACUGGGCCACCCUUCCCAGCAGUAACUCCUUUAAAUCUUAAAAUGUGUUUGCCUUUUGUUCUAGAUUAAUUAAUCCAAAAUAACCAUCACCCCUUGGUUCUGACCUGACAGACGUUAAUGGAUUAGAUUCACCAUUCAUGCUCUUAGAGUGCAAACUCAACACCACUUAAUGUGGAUUAGUCACCCCUUAAGAAGUCUUCAGCCAAUCUUUUGUACUUAUAAUCAGGGAGGAUUUAGAGUUAUCUCUAAUGUUACUUUUCAAGAGGAGUUGAUCAUGGUAACUCACAUGCCCGUUUCAGUGUUGCUGAAGCUAAAUGCUUUUUAUUCCUAAACACAACUCACAAGCUUCUAUGUGAUUGACAAACACUAAAACCCUGUAGCGUUGCUUUGUAACAACAAGCAUCCGCUAUCAGUUUUAAAAAGCACUCUUACCAUACUGCGAAAGUUAAUUCAAACUACUGUUCUAGUUCAUUCUUUCCCCCUACAUUGCUGCUGCUGGCCUCACAUAAGGCAAGAGGAGUGGAAUUAUUUAAACUCAAGAGAUCCAGUGUUCCGCAGAUUCCACCAUGCUUUGAGAAAGAAGUUAUUUUACAUACGGCUUUCAAAUACUUUAGUCGCCUAUCUCCAGUGCCCUGAAACCAUGGAUGACAAGGUGUGAACUCACCCUUCAGAAGAGUAAUUUUCUAUCAUUUCCACGCAAAGUUAUUGGUACAGGUUGAUUCUAAACUAUGUGAACAGAGAACUAUGGCUGCUGAUCGAUGUUGAAUAAUUAAUCCAGAAUGUGAUCUUGUGUACAUG